AUAUACUAUAUAUGUAUAUAGCGGGUCCUCUCUAUAGAGGACACCAUGUUUUUUACAGUAGCCCAGACUGGACAAACUAGAGGGUGAGGUGAGGGGUGUUCAACUGCAACCUUCCACUUCACCACUAGAUGUCACUAAAUUCUACACUGAACCUUUUAAGAGUUUACGAUAUUUUGAAAUAGACCAAAGCUGUGAUUAUUAAAGAGAUUUGAGCUUUAAUCCAAGCUAUAAGACUUUUCUUUGCUGAAGCAGAUUAAUGCUGGUUUUAAUAUCAUAUUCAUGACCAAAUAUAUAAAAAGAAAACAUUUAGAUUUUUGCGUAGAACAUGGCUCAUAACGCCAACCAAUUUCUUUAAACCCUCUUGGACAUUGCAGCUUCAAUGCUUUCGUAGAGUCCACCAUUUGGGACGUUUCUACAGCAUGACAUUUAUGUGUAUUUUAUAAAGUUAACAUGUGAUUAAAUGGGGCUCCAAGGUUCUUUGUCGCAAAAAGUAAAAUGCUGUUUUAGGUGUUGGUACCGACAAUACAUGUAAAUUGAAUCAAAUCAUCGGUGGUCUCCGUCUUCAUUGGCUUCAUAUAUGAUUUUUUUUUUUUAGGUUUUAACAGUGGUUAGGUUUGAGGUAACAAGCCAAUAGGAGUCCCCCUGUUUCUUCUCUGGUUCAUUUAAACAUUGUAAUAGAUUACUUUUUGCAAACGUUGUGUGAGAUAUCGGGAGAUCAGCCCUGUGUCUUGACGUGUUCACGACAGGGUUUGGGUAACCGGUGGGGGGGCAGUGGCUGAGGGGUAGAUUGGUCGUCCUUUGUCCAGAACGUUGGUGGUUCAAUCCACAGUCUUCCGCAUCUGCAUGCUGAAGUGUCCUUGGGCAGCAGCAGUGUCCUUGGGCAGCAGCAGUUACGAGUAAAUUAUACUGCAGCAGUUCCAUGUACUCGUAACCUCCACUAGAUUUGUUUCUAGCAUUGCUUUGUUUCCUUUCAAAAACCAGACUUUAUCCCACUGAUCAAUUUAUUGAGGAAGCGGAAAAAGAAAAUGUUUCUUUAUUACACACAGACCAUUGUUUUCUCCUAGGGUUGGUUUAUCUCAGCCAUCAACGACCCCUAGAUUUGGAUAUGACCUUAUGACGUUAAUGUUUAAUCUGGUGGAGAGGGAAAUUCAGUCUGUCAAUAUCGACAGUCUUAACAGCAUAACAAGGAAUAACUCCAGCCUGUCUGUGGAGGUAUCAUACACAGGUAAAUUAUUACCGUUUAUGUGCUGUGUUUAUAAGUCAGAAGUAUAAUCUUAACUAUCACCUUCACUUGUUCCUGAGUGACUCCUGUCAAUGAUUGAGAUGGGGUUAGUACAGAUGCUACAAAGCGGAACUGGACACUCUGCCAGUCUGAGGAUGGAGGUGACAUUGUUUUUUCCCCUGCUGCUGCUGAUCUGCUCUCACUCCACAGCUCAGCCUCAACCAGAGUCUGACAAUGACUUAACUCCUGUUGGAGAUAACCAGACGAGGCAACCUGCAAACGUUUCUCUGGCCACAUCCACUUGCCCACAGGACAUCCAUGCCGUGCUGAGAGAAAUGAGCGGCUUGUUGGGUGAGCAGAGGGUGGAGCUGAGGCACCUACAGCAAGAGAAUGACGCACAAGCAGCAAAGCUGAGGGAGCUGGAGAAAUUGCAGAGGGAGCUGGGGAAAUUGAGCCAACAGGUCAAAGAACAGGCAGGAGAACUGACGGCCAUUAAAGCAGGGACAAACGUGACCGAACACCAGGUGGAGGCUCUGAGGAGAGACACGGAAGUCAAACGGGUGGCCUUCACUGCCGCUCUGGCUUCAGACAGAACAACCAUCGGACCAUUUAAUACAGACACUAAUCUGGUCUUCAGACAAGUCAUUACAAAUAUUGGAAAUGCCUACAACCCGAACACAGGUUCUUUCACUGCACCGGUGAAAGGAGUCUACCAUUUUGAGCUCCAUAUAGCUGCACAUGGACAUCCUUCAUAUCCUUCAUCUGCUUGGUUGGUCAGAAAUGGACACGUUAUUUGUAUUGCAUAUGAGCAUCAGCCAUCCUAUUUUGGGAGUUCUGCUAAUGGCGUCACGCUGCUGUUAGAGGUCGGAGAUGUUUUGUUUUUGCGUCUGCAGACUAACGCAAGGGUAUUUGACAAUGAACAUAACCAUAGCACAUUCAGUGGUCAUCUGCUUUUCACCAUGUGAGGGGAAAAGUCCUGUUUCUUCAGCUGUAUGUUACUGUAUUAUUACAAAAUAUAAUAAGAAACAAUUAUAACUAAAUCUUAUAUUUCAAGAUAACCAAUUUGAUAAAAGUAUAGAUAUAGUGCAGUGAUAUUUGGGGACAUUUAUAUUUGGGGACAGUUUUAAAAACAAAAUGUUAUCAUUUAUUGGUAGAAAAUCAAAUAAACCCUUCAAAGCUGUUUGGAUGUAGAAAGGCCAUGUUGUCUGUUAGAUGUUGUUGUUGUUGUUGUAUUAACCUCAUGGUAACUCUUGUUUUAAAAAGGUAAUUGUGGCUUGUUUUGAUGUAUUUGUGGUUUAAAUGUGUGUUAGAGGGAUGUGAAUGUAAACAGUGAAAAAUCUGUUUUCCAGAGAAUACGGUCCGAUAGAAGGUCCAAGAACAAACUGUACUUGAUUUACUAUAAUGUUAAAUAUGGAAACCCUCACAUUUGAUGAACUAGACUUUGCCUGAUAAACAAUGUCAAUGAUUAAUAUACA